AACCCGAUUCUCUGGGAGACGCCAUGAUCGGGCUCUUGGCCUCUCUGUUUCUACUUCUCUUCUCAGCUCUCGCCAUCGCUCUCCACAAGCUAUGGUGGACCCCGUUUCGCAUCCAGAAGACAAUGGCCUCACAAGGAAUCACAGGCCCUCCUUACAAGCUCAUCUAUGGAAGCACCCGAGCGAUCCUCCAAAUCCAGAACGAAGCUUCGGGCAGACCCUUAAGCCGUUCUCACGACAUCUUCCCUCGGGUCCAGCCUCACAUCUCCGCUUGGACUAGAACAUAUGGUGAGUUCGCGAAAAAAAAAAAACAGCCUGAGCUGAUCAAAGAGGUGUUGAACAAUAAAGACGAGGCCUUUCCAAAAUCUGAUGCGAAAGGAUUUCUCAAGAAGCUUUUGGGUGAUGGGCUCGUGACGUCGGAAGGCGAGAAAUGGGCGAAGCACCGUAGGUUGGCGAAUUAUGCUUUUCAUGGGGAUAGCUUGAGGAGUAUGUUUCCCGCAAUGGUAAAUAGCGUCCACAUGAUGCUAGAGAGAUGGAAAAAUCUACACGGCAAUGAGAUCGAGGUGUACCGAGAAUUCACAGUUCUGACGUCAGAAGUAAUCUCCAAAACUGCAUUCGGGAGCAGCUAUGUGGAAGGAAGACACAUCUUCGAGAUGGUAAGGAAGUUGUCCUCAAUUACGGCCAGAAACGCUCUCAAAAUAAGGUUUCCAGGAAUCAGCAAAUUGUGGAAGACGAACGACGAACUUGAGUCCGAAAAGCUUGAGAAUGGGAUACGCGAUGCGGUGUUAGAGAUAAUUAGGAAAAGAGAACAGAAGGUGAGAGCUGGAGAAUUGGAUGAUUUGGGGAAUGAUUUUCUGGGACUGCUUGUGAAGGCUUCUCAAAGUGACGAUGAGAGUCGAAGGAUUACAAUCGAUGAUCUUGUUGACGAGUGCAAGACCUUCUACAUUGCCGGGCAUGAUACCACGAACACCAUGCUUACGUGGACCGUCUUCCUCCUGGCGAUUCACCCAGACUGGCAAGAUGAAGCAAGAAAGGAAGUGCUCGGCGUGUUUGGCAACCAGGAUCCGAAUCCUGAUGGUAUUGCCAAACUAAAGACGAUGGGAAUGAUCAUAAACGAGUCUCUACGACUAUAUCCUCCAGUAGUUGGUAUUGACAGGAAAGUUGCUACAAAAGCUAGGCUAGGAAAGCUUGUUCUUCCUGCCAACAUUUGCGUAUACAUCCCGAAUUUGAAGCUUCACCACGAUCCUCAAAUCUGGGGCGACGACAUACAACUUUUCAAGCCAGAGAGAUUCUUUGAAGGCGUUGCUAAAGCCACCAACAACAAUUUGGCAGCAUUCUUCCCUUUUGGCUUGGGACCUCGAACUUGUGUGGGUUUCAAUUUUGCGGCCACAGAGGCGAAGAUUGCUCUUUCGAUGAUUCUGCAGCGCUAUGCUUUCUCUCUCUCCCCUGCAUACGUUCACUCACCUACUCAACUUCUCACGACCUGCCCACAACACGGAGUUCAGGUGAUAUUUCACACACUAUAG